AUGUUCAUUGGCUUUCAGAACGAAGCACGAAAAGCCAACCAUGUACAAGUUGUGGAAGAGGAUAGACGCAAGAAGUUGCCCGCCAACUGGGAGGCUCGCCAAGCCAGGCUAAAAUAUGAAGAAGAAGAGGAACAGUUCAAAGCCAAAUGUCAGGCCGAGGGUCUAGACGCAGAGAGAGCAAAAGCGAUGACCACAAGUGCUGAGCUAGUUGAUCGUCUUGAACAACGUAAGCGUCGUAAAAAACCCUUUGGCGAGGAGCCGGUUGGAUUUUCUAGUUACUCCGACGCUUCUCAUCGGAAGUAUCUGAAGCAGGCCAAGCAGCUGAAACCCGACAUGAAGGCUUAUGAGAAGCAAAAGGAGACUCUGUAA